AUCUUGUACGUAGGUCUAUGUCAUUUCAUAUGAAGAGAAUAAAAUAGCUAAUAAGAAAACCUAAAAAAUUAAUCAUCAUUUUCAAAAGAUUUUAUAUAUAAAGUGUUUCAAAAUCUAAAACAAAGCUAGAUAUAUUAUUUUCUUAUAAAAAACAAAAAUAUCCCUAAAAACUGCGACCGUGUUGGUAUUUGUUACGCUAGUGAGGGAAGGCGACGCAGUAACAUCGAAAGGCAUGAACGACGACUAUACUACCAAUAUUCACAGUUGCAGUGAUUCUGAUAACAAGCGUAACGGAGAUGGUAACGGUAACGGUAAUCAAUAUCAGAUCAGUCAAGUAUGGGGAACGUGGGAGGAGCUUCUGUUAACAUGCGCCGUUAAACGCCAUGGUUCUAAAGAUUGGGACUCCGUCGCCAAGGAGGUUGGGUCCCGGAGCUCUCUCGACGCCUCCGGUACGAGUUGCAGGCUCAAGUAUCAAGAUCUCAAGCGUCGGUUCCAAGAUUCCGUCGACGACGACGGACGAGGAAAUAAUGAAGCUGUGGCGGAGGAUGAGGAGGAUACAGACGGUGAAAUCCCUUGGCUCGAGCAGUUACGGAGUCUACGUGUGGCGGAGCUCCGGCGAGAUGUUCAGCGAUGCGACGAGUCGAUACUGUCGCUUCAGUUAAAAGUUAAGAAACUAGAGGAGGAGAACGACGGACAUGAUGGAGACGAUAGACCAGAUCUGGUGGAAGACGGCUCUAAGGCAGUUAGAUCGAUCAACGACGAAACAGAGCCGACGAGGCUAAACCGAGAAACGUCUAACUCGACAGCCUCCGUCGGUAAAAUCGCUGAUCACGAGCGAUUAAGCGGGGAUAAUUCGAAAAAUCCAGAUCCCGAUCAUAUGGCGGCGACGGAGGAGGAAGAAGGAACGAUUAGUAGAAGAUCCGGAAUGAGUCAGUCCGUCGAGUUGGGGGAGUCGGGAACGUCCACAGUUAAUCGGAAGAGGAAAGGACAUGAGUACAUGAGCGGCGAGGAUAAUAUUAAACCGGACGGGAAUCAAUCGCAGCCGUUGAUAGAAAUCAUUAAGCUGAUUCGAUCUCAUCCGCGUGGAUCCGUGUUCGCAUCGCGGCUUCGGAGCCAGGAGACGAAGGACUACAAGAGAGUGAUAAGGCAGCAUUUGGACAUUAAAACAAUAGAGAAGAAGAUGGAGAAAGGAUCCUAUGUUUCUUCAAGUCUUUCUUUUUACAGAGACCUCGAGCUUCUCUUCACCAACGCCAUUGUUUUCUUUCCUACGUCUUACUCAGAAUAUGUGGCUGCACAAGAGCUAAGAACCCUCGUCUCUAACGAGAUGAAGAAAACUACUGGAAUAUCGAGUCACCGUGUCAUCAACUCUGAGGGUGGUUCUUUGGUUUCUAAACAGAAAACUUCUGCUCCUCCUCUUGUUGGCUGUAAGAAGAAGAGCUUUGCUUCGAAAAAGGCGUUACCUUCUUCUUCAAGCUUUAAACAAAAAGAUGAGAUUCAAGUUUCAGAAGAGAAGGAUGUGACUACUACUGCUAUAGCUACAAGAAGCUCGAGGAGAACAAGCAAAGGUAUGGAAGUUGUUGCCAAGGAUACCAAAAUGGGAAGAGACAAAAACAGUAACAAGAAACAAACAGAUUCAAAAGCAGAUUCAUCGAAUGAUGAUGAUGAAAAGGAAGAGACUCCUAAGACUGAGAAGAAGAUGGCGUCAGAGAAGAAGAAGAAGAAGAAGAGUGUGGCUGAGUUCUUGAAGAGAAUCAAAAAUAACUCACCACAUAAAGGAAAAGAAACAACAAGUAAAGAUCAGAAGAAGAGUGAUGGAAACGUUAAGAAAGAUAACAGGAAAGCAAAACCAAGGGAACUGAGGAGUAACAGCACGGGUAAAAAGAAGGUUGAGGUAGAGAGUACUGAAAAUAAGAGAUCAUCGAAACGAAAACAAUUGAAAAAAGAAGCAGAGGAAGAGACUGCUACAGCUACGAGAAAACGAGGUAGGGAAUCAGGAAAAGACAAUCAACAACCAAAGAAAAGAAACAAAAGAUGAAACCUAUUAAUUCGUUGUGGUUAGGUAUUGCACAUUUGAUAUGCCAGAGUAUUCAUCAACCCUCUUAGCAUUAGUGUUUAGGAGUGAUUCAUAAAUCUUGUUAGGUUUUUAUUUCUCAUAAAUUACCAGUUUUUGUUUAACCUAUGUUGUACUUGUUAGAAGAUUUAUGGUUGUGGUCUUGGUGUACACAAUUUUUCCUUGCC